GGGGCUUCUUGUGCUUGACUGGUGCUCAGAGGGUGUGGUGACUUUAACAGUGUCUGGUGUUGCUCCUCCUGCCUCCGCUCUCAGCAGGAACCAGAAUCCUGCCUGCUCUGAGACUCUGAGGCUUCAGAACCUAGCCAAAGCUGGAGGAGUUGAAGACCAGAGCCCAGAAAGUGGAUUGGGACUGUUCUCGUGAGUGAUAGUGGGGUCCUCUCACCUGUACCUGUGAGCCACCGCGAAUAAGCAGAGACUGGAGCAGUGACCACACUGGAGUUCUUCUGGCGAGGGAUAAGGGGAUGAAGGAGAAAAACAAAGGCCAGUGAGCGAGCACGGGAGCGAGCAAGCGAGCAGCGCACUCUUGUGGAGGCUCACAACACCCUCCCUUUGCCUACCCACAAUGUGUCAGUCAGAGAAGCCGCAAGGACCAGAGCUCCAAGCAGCAGUGAAAUGGUUGCACUUCCCCCAGCUGGCCCUACGGCGGAGGCUAGGCCAGCUUAGCUGCAUGUCCAGACCUGCUCUGAAACUGCGCUCCUGGCCCCUGACCAUCCUCUACUACCUCCUGCCCUUCGGUGCCCUCAGGCCCCUCAGCCGGGUGGGAUGGAGGCCCAUGAGCAGGGUGGCUCUGUACAAGUCGGUGCCAACACGUUUGCUGUCACGUGCCUGGGGUCGCCUGAACCAGGUGGAACUUCCAUACUGGCUGCGGAGGCCGGUGUACAGCCUGUAUAUCUGGACCUUUGGAGUGAACAUGACAGAGGCUGCUGUGGAGGACCUGCACCACUACCGAAACCUCAGCGAGUUCUUCCGGCGUAAGCUGAAGCCUCAGGCACGGCCUGUCUGUGGCUUGCACAGUGUGAUCAGCCCAUCAGAUGGCAAGAUCCUCACCUUUGGGCAGGUGAAGAACUGUGAAGUGGAGCAGGUAAAGGGCGUAACCUACUCUCUGGAGUCAUUCCUGGGCCCUCGAGCCUAUGCAGAGGAUACACCCUUCCCUCCAGCCUCCUCCCGUGACUCCUUCAGGAACCAGUUGGUCACCCGGGAAGGGAAUGAGCUCUACCACUGUGUCAUCUACCUGGCCCCUGGAGACUACCACUGCUUCCACUCCCCUACCGACUGGACUGUCUCACAUCGGCGUCACUUCCCAGGUUCCUUGAUGUCAGUGAACCCUGGCAUGGCUCGAUGGAUCAAAGAGCUCUUCUGUCACAAUGAGCGUGUGGUCCUGACUGGCGACUGGAAACAUGGGUUCUUCUCGUUGACGGCAGUGGGAGCCACCAAUGUGGGCUCUAUCCGCAUCUACUUUGACCGAGACCUGCACACAAACAGCCCCAGAUACAGCAAGGGUUCCUACAAUGACUUGAGCUUUGUAACACAUGCCAACAAGGAGGGUGUUCCCAUGCGCAAGGGCGAGCACCUAGGCGAGUUCAACUUGGGCUCUACUAUUGUGCUCAUCUUUGAGGCACCCAAGGACUUCAACUUCAGACUGAAGGCAGGGCAGAAGAUCCGCUUUGGGGAAGCACUGGGCUCCCUCUAGUCUUCUUGGUUGUGACUGCCAAGGGAUCUUUUCGACACAGGAGCAUGAGGGUCUUCAGAGGCACCUCAGGCUGUCUGGGUGGGGCACUCUGGGGGCUGACCUGGUAGGACCUGAAUGAUUUGUUCCUGCUUGUCCAGAGGUGCAGAGGAGAGGUUUGGGAUCUAGGCCCCUUUACAGAGUGGGUAUGAUUUGACCUCACAAUCACUUUGAGGGUUUUUUUGUUUUGUUUUGUUUUUUUUUAAUUUUGUUUAAGUCGGAGAUGCUACAUCUCUGGCUGAGUAUUGUGAGAACGGUUAUGUGCUACAACAUCCUAGCUGCUCCCCCCACCUGUCUCAGGGUCUUCUUCUGUCAGCCCCUUUGUUCUUUCUGAUUUAGCUUCCUUGGCACAGGCUGUGGAUCCACCCUCUUCCUAGAGCAGGCCACAUGGCCUUCACAACUGCUUUCUGCUCCCAAACCCACCCCUCUGCUGCUGAAGUAAAACCAUUUCUAUGUUGUUGAAUGUGUUGACCUAGCCUCUGCCAGUAUCUUCUGAGGACAGUGACUAAUGAUUCUGACCUUCCAGAGCUGGCUGAGUUCUUCUGCUGGUAGGCAAGACCGAUUAUUGACUUGCCGGGUAGUGUACAGAGUGAGGGGGCAGGUAGAGGGAGGCCCAGCCCUGCAGGAAGUAGGGACAUGCUGCUAUUGGUCUAGGGGCUGUGUUGGAGGCAAAGGGUAUGGUGGUCAGCGCCUACAAAACCUGUUCCAAGUAGCAGCCAGGUAUGCAACCCAUGGGGAAGCCAGUGGUAGAGACAAGGCCAGAUUUCAUGUUGAUCUUAGGGAUGCCAUGAAUUUCUCCUGCAGGAGAAAUCAUUGAACUUUUCAACUGUAUCAGUAGUACAAUAUUUUGUUUGAAAAGUAGGAGACUUCUGAACAGUAAUUCAUUUAAUUGCAAGACAUUUUGAAAUAAAAAAAAUCCCCAAACCAUUGUAA